GCGUUCAACAAAAGGCGGUCAGAUUUGUCAUGAGCGGCAGCUGAUCUGGGCUGCUGUGGUCUCAUGGACUGGCAGAGCCUAGCCUUUCAUGACCUGGUUUUUGAGGGCGAAGCCAGCAUUCAGGACAUGUAUGUGGCCACUUACAGCAAAGCGAUGCCCUACAUGGCUUUCUUCCUGCUACUUUGGGCCAUGUAUGCUGCCGGUCUAUGGUGGACACUAGGCAGCAAGAUCUGCCGAGUGAGCAGCCGAACCUGGGCUUUGAAGCUCAUGAUGCUCACACAUCAUGGCGUGAUCACACCGUUGGCACUGUGGAGUAUGUGGGAGGACCCCGUUAUUCGGCAGCUCUACAGCUGCAUCGGCUGCAAGGAGGCUGCGCGGUUGAUGAAUCGAGCUGCGGGCGUGCCCCCUUUGGCUGCACGGGCACUCACUCCAGUGACGCUGGGGUAUUUCACGGCCGACCUACUCCUGCUCAGCCAGUGGGAUUUGACCAAGGGCUCGAAGCUGGAGUUCUACUUGAUGCUAGUUCAUCAUAUUGCUUCGAUGCUCGUGUGGCCAGCAGCGAUCUACUUCGACUGGGUGGCACGAUAUGUGAUCAUUAUGCUGUCCUACGAAAGCACUAGUCUCUUGCUGACGCUUCUUUGGCUCAUCAAUGCAGCUGGCUAUAAGAAGAGCAGCUUGUAUGUGGUGACUGGCCUCCUAUUUACUUGCCUAUUUAUCGCAUUGAGGCUGCUUGGAGCAGUUCCGCAAGUGAUCGCCAUGUAUUGGGUACCACCGUGGUCUGCAACAGUCUUGGAGGCUGAAGGUGGGAUUCAUCGGUUGGCCUCGCUCUGUUGUCGAUCCUUGGUUUUGCCACACGUCAUGAACCUUUUCUGGGGAGCCUCUUGGCCUUGAACCUGGCUUCGUGCGUUACAUGCCGUUUCCGGUUUCAACCGGCAAGCUGCAAUUUUCUGGGUGGGAACCUGGCCCUGGAAAUGCACGACAUCUAGCAUUUCUAGAGGGCUUGAGUUGUACUUACGGAGUUGCCCUGUCUUCGGACCUGGUGCCCUUUGCUUAACUCUUGGGCUUCAACGGAACGGCCAAAAUGAGUUUAUCUGAGGCUAAGGUUGUGGAAGGACAGUGGGCUCAAUGGUGGAAGAGCGCGAUGUGUGUCACUCGUUUUCCGGUUCGGGAGCAGCGUUUUGCAUGGUUUUGGUACGGCGCAUGUGUCGAUGAUGUAUCAAACACCAUUUGAUGGAAUGCAAUGCUAGGAUACAAACAGUCACUAAAUCACAGAGAUCAUUAGGCGUUUUUUUUCCCACAACCUCUCCAGAUUCUUGUCUUCAAUUUUCUGACGCAGGAGCUUUCAGCACCUUCACUGGCACAAAGAAGAGUUCAUAGCCUGGCCAGACCGUUUCCUGAAGAGCCACAUUUCGUGAAAACGCCGAAGGAAUCUUCUUCGUGCUGGAAGGGCCACGGCAUAUGAAUGCGUGGUUGAUUUUUGCGUUUGGUCUCAUCCUUCUCCGCAGAUCGCUAUACUGCAAUGGGCAUGGAAAAG